AUGUCCGGAUCAGAAGACGUCAAACCUACACUCCUCGCCUUCCACGGCUCAGGCAGCAACGCAACGAUUCACACCGUACAACUCGCGCGUCUGAACCGCAUUCUGAAAGACCAUUAUAAUGUUGAGAGUCUUGAAGCGCCCUUCCCCUCCCCCCCCGGCCCGGGCAUCCUCCCCUUCUUCGACGGAUGCGGCCCGUUCGCGCGCUGGCUUCCCCCGUCCGAGAAGGUCACUAUCGAAAUCAUGAAGUCCGGCACUUCGACUGACCAGAUGAGUAAGGAGGUCGAGCACUUGGUGCGCGACACUGUGAACCGCAUCAACACGAACGGUGGAAAAGUGGUUGGAUUGAUUGGCUUUUCGCAGGGCACCAAAAUCGUCGCGGGAUUACUGCGCGGGAGCCAGAUUCGGCGCGAGUUGGGAAGCAGGGGUGAGGAAUGGCUCUCAUCCUUUCAUUUUGCGUUGAGUGUAUGUGGGAGCUACCCACCUCCUCUGCUGCCGCCGAGUGUGUUGAAGCUUCCCGAGUUCGCGUCGAAAGCCGAAGAGGAUAAGAACAAGCUGCUCACUGAGAAGAUCGGGGCCCCGGUCUUGCACGUCCAGGGCGAGCAGGAUGAGUGGAAGUGGGCCGGCGAUGGCUUAAUAGAAGGCAACUACGAAGUUGGUGAGGGCAAGAGUGUAGUUGGACGGUGGGAUAUGGGGCAUCACUACCCCCAGAAGCCUGAAGAGUCUCAACAGAUGAGCGAUUGGCUGAUUGAGCAGUUGCGCAGUCUUGAUGGGGCGAAGGAGGCGGCGCCGUAG